AUGGCGGAGCUUUUCCUCGCGGUGGUAUCAUGCACGGCGGAGCACGAAGAUUGUGAACAGCUUAGCUGCGCGGUGGCGCUGGGGAGCAGCUACCGCCGCAGCAACGUGCCGACAUCUUUGGAGGAAAGCUCGGAGGCUUGGCAGGUGCCACAUGCUUUCUCUGAGGAGGAGGACAAGAACUCAGUUGAAGAGUGCCUCGAUGCUGAUUUUGAUGAUCACAUCCCGUGCACAUGGAGAUAUGUUGCCAACUGCUUUCUUCUUCCGCUGACAAACGGUGGUGUGAACGGCUUUCCAUGGUCGGGUGUGGCGUUGUUCUUUCAGUUGAACGGCUGGCCGUUGUGGAAGCUCGGUCUUUGCAGCUUUGCUGGAUUCGGCUUGCGAGUCAUCAUGGCUCUUCUUUACCUCAAAUUGGGAACCUGGGUGUCUCUUGUUACCACCACCAUACAUCUUGCAUGCUGCGUGCCGGCGCUGAUCAACCCCUUUGCGGACUGGGCUGUAAUCAUGGAAAUGGUUGCGCUGUUGGGCCUGGACAGCAUGCUUCCCAAUGAUGCAAUAGUUUUCUACAACUACUGUGUGCUCCAGAGCCUGGUGGCGUGUUAUGCGACGGCUUCGACAUUGGGGGGCCUGGUCUACGACUUCGCAGGAUGGCGUGGCUGCGCCGUGUACCACUUGGCUUUGCAGAUGCUCCAGGCAUUCCUGAUCUUCACAGAGCCGGCCGUUUGGGCAUCAUGGGCAGAGUGGCGUCAUGGGGCCUCUGUGUCAGACAUAGCAAGCGACAGACGCUCGACGGCCAGCAUAGUUCCAGUCAUGGAGCCUCCAGCAGCUGGACGACCUAGUGGAAAUCCCCCGUCGCUGGUUUGUGACGAUCUCUUGCCGAGCCCACCCAAGGCCACGGUUCACGUGGAGGGUCAUUGUACUCCAGACCCAGUCUGGAAUGGCGGCGCACACCGUGGGGCCCGCAACUCGGGACAUGAACAAAACAAGAAAUCGGUGGCAAUCUCACGGGUGUCUUUCGCUGCCCCGGCCACCAGAGGUUCGAUGCUGUUUGCACGUGGAAGUUUUGCGGGACGAGAAAGUGGACGGGUGAGCGGGGCCGGUGGUGCCCGCCGCUCGCUGAUGUCACGAUUCCCGGAAAUGCCCAGAAGUUCCGUUGCAGUGAAGAUGUCCAGACGCUCAAUGGCUUGCGGAAACAUGAUACCGAUGAGCGUGCCACGCGAAGCCUCUCAGCUCAUGUUCUUUGCCGAGGAGGAGGAGGAGCAGGAGGAAGGAUCAGAUGUGCGGAAAGCAGUCAAGAAGACCAUUCCUAGAGACAUCCUGGUUCCCGCUCUCUUGAUAUGCCUAAUUGGGUUGAACCACAAUCUGUCUUACCAAUCGGAGUGGACCCUUUAUGCAGUCUUCUUCGCGGAGCAGCACGGCUGGCAAUCCGCAACUUGGGCCGGUUUGGCUCAGACCUCCGGUGAUGUGCUUGGCACGGUAAUUAUGAACUUCCAGUCUCGCUGUGCGGUUGCCUCAGAGGAGGAUGGGUUUGAUGGUGGCAGGUGCCGGUGGCUUUGGUAUUCCCUAACUGCCAAGCCGUACACCGCAUCCUGGAUUUUGCUUGCUUGGGCGAUCUUGAAUCUGGCCCUGACUGCUCCGUCGCUUCCGGCAGCAGUGGCGGCUCAAGUCGUCAUGGGCACGGUCUUUGUGUUGUCGAUGCAAGCAGCUACCAAAAUGAACUUGUUUUAUUCCCUGGGCGACGGCGAUGUGUUUUUGGCAUUGCAAGUGAUGCGGCAGAACUUUGAGUCGUUCGGCAGUGCGUUGGCUGCCUUGGUGUCUCUGCUUCUGUAUGAGCGCGUCCACCCGCUUGCGCCGUUUUGGCUAACCGCUGGAGUGUCCCUUCUCAUCCUGCUCCUCUACACACUUACUUUUUGCAGGCGUGUUGGCUUUGGGAAGAGUUUGGAUACGAAAGAAGAGGAGAGAAGCCAGAGGAAAGGAUUGGUACGAGAGAAAACUUGGCAGAAGAGCACAGCCACCAUGGCAGCAACGCAGCGCUUGAGUCUAGGCUCCGAGGACUAG